AUGUCUCGCCCAGCUCCGAUCUUGCCUACCUUUCGAUUUGGUUUUGGGAACAAUGACAGCUUCCAAUUGUCCGUUCAGGCGCCGAGCUGGCUCACUGGAUCUGUCUAUUCAGUCUUGGUUCAGAAAAGCUAUCAGGGCUGGCAGCUCAAUCUACGAGCUUACGAAGUAGUAAAACGCUUCGGUGUCAGAUUGCUCAUUUGCCUUCACAUAGACGACCCCUCUGGCACUUUUCGAGUAUUAUCGAAGCAUAACAUGACCCCAUUCGUACGAGACAGUCGUGGACACAGCUUAUUUCAGCUCGCUGUCCGUAUGAAAUCCUUGAUGGUUGUGAAUUCUUUUCUUGAGAGAGGACUCGAAAGUCUUGCUCGAGAACCGAUGAGCAGCAAGAAUGAUGAUCCCUUCCUCCUCUAUGAGCUCGAACGGUGGACCCAAUCAGGCCAACGAUACAUUUUGGAACCAACCUUCCAGAAACUUUUCAUGGAUAAUUUUCUCGAUGAUUAUCUCGAAGAUCCGGCACACAUUUCAGAUGUUUUUGAUUGUGGCAUCGGCUUCCAUUUUUAUCAAAUGAUAUUGCAAAGAUAUACAGUUAUGAAUAAGCCGUUUGCUCUUGCAACGAGGCUUCGCCAUCUGCGACUUGUGGUAAAAAGUUGUUACUGGGAAGCGGAUGAGGUUUGUGUUAAUAUCAUUCCGGAAGCUAAAAACCUUGAUGCUUGCACCGCUGCUCUUGCACAUUCAAGAAACCUCCAGGGCUCCAGCCUUUUUCAUUCAUUUGCCAUGGGAAUGGCUGGCAACUUCGCAAGAAGAAGGGGCCACCCAAACCCUGACCAAUGGGCCGAAGCAAGACGGUCAUGGAGCAAAUUACUCCAUGACAGCAUCAGGUUGGACCGUCCAAGUCUGCACCACAUAGACUGGACUUCAAACUGGAUUGUAAACGGGGGUAUGAGCUCGCCCUUGUGUAGCAUCAUCAAAUCAUUGAUUGGCUCAAGCUCCCUGAUUCUCAGCACAGCGGAACAAGUCUGUGAAUCACUGAAAGCAGCAUUUUCAGAAUGGAUCGCUAUACUCUCUUCCAGCGAUGUGGAGCUUUUGGACUAUGGGCGUGAGGAAAGGCAUAAGUACGAGCAAGGCCUGACAGAUGUCUCACAGCGAUGGGGCCCUUGGCAUAGUGACAGUCGCGGUACAGCUCGAUUCUCUCUUUUCGGCAUUACUUACGGUUCCUGCCCGGAGCACUGGAGGCUAUGGUGGACGUAUGAGUACGAAGAUUACGCAGGAGAGUUUUGGAACAUGAUCCAAGAUGAGGCAAUCAAGGUGCCUGGUGCCUGGGUGGAUGACUCUUGGGACGAGGGUGACUUUCCAUUGGAGGAGUGGGGUAGGUUGGAAGCGUGGGAAAAAGAGCAGCCUUCGCCGUUGAUUUGGUCCGAGUAUCGCAGGAUUCAACCGCCAAUCUGA